AUGACUAGACCAGAAACGAUAGUACACGACACUCCACAACCGCCAUACCCUAUCAAGCACAAAUCACCCAUCAUAUCUGGCUUUGGUCGAGGUUCAAGUGAAUUGGGAAUCCCCACCGCCAACAUCCCCGUCAACCAACAACUCAACGACUUACCCACUGGAAUCUACUACGGAUGGUGCAAGAUCUACCCCCAUCCACAGCAACUAGAAUCCACCGAACAAAGACCCGAUGGUCAAGAUGUCGUUUUCAAUCAUGGCAAUAAGUUAUGCAAGGCUGAUUUGACUACAGUGUGGCCUAUGGUGAUGUCGAUUGGAUGGAAUCCAUUUUAUCACAAUAAAACCAAAGCAGCUGAAAUACAUAUUAUACACAAGUUUCAGCAAGAUUUCUAUGGGGCUGAUUUACAAUAUGUCGUAUUGGGAUACAUUAGACCCGAGUUGAAUUAUACUACUAAAGAGGCGUUGAUUAAGGAUAUCGAGUUGGAUAUUAAGAUUGCUGAGAAUAUACUUAAAAAUCCAGAAUACGCCAAGUUUGAACAUGAUUUAGAAUAG